AUGGCACUAGUUAUGCCCGUCGAGAUCUGCGACAUGAUUGUUGAUCACGUAGCAACACUGGUAGAUGAACAAGACUACUCGUUUCGCGAUCUCUUUCCUCAUGCGCUAGAGCGAGAUACUUGCUCGUGCCUUAUAAGCUUACGCUUGGUUAGCCGGAAUUUCUGUGCCUCCGCGUCGCGUCAUGUUUUCAAACACAUCAUCGCUUCACUUAGCUCCUCAAGGGGCGACCGAAACCUUCUACAAAGAGUAGCCGAAAUCUCAGAAAGCAAAUGUGCUGCAAAUGUCCGCCAUCUAGAGAUUGGGCACGACCGAUGGGGCUCCAAUUCCUGCUCGUCACUCGGUCAAGAUAUCCAGGAUCUUGCCGGAUUGCUCUCGCCUUCUUCAUGCCAAUUAUCGACACGCGACCACGAAGAGCCUGCUAUCACACGUGAUCACGAAAGAACUGCCAUUGAAGCAGUUGUUGCUGCCCUGCGAUAUGUGAAUUUACCCUGUUUGGAAGGGCUGGAGCUAUUCUUUCCCCUAGCCCAUGAUUUUGGGGGCCUUUUCCCCAUCCAUUCUACUCCAUUGCACAUACCCAUGAAAGAUCUACUGCACGGCCUGAAGUUUUUGUCCUCGCAUCUUACUGCGUAUACCAAGGAGUUGGGUCAGCGAUAUUGGAAAACCGAUGUACUCCCCACGCACGCCGCCUUGCCGAAUGACUUACACGCAGCCCAUCUCCUUAGACUAGUGGAGCUGGCUCCUCACUUAGAAGCUCUCUCCAUCUCCAGUACAGACCUUCUCUCAUUCUACGCUAUUCACUUCAGCCCGGCGCUUCAUCUCACCUCUCUAUGCCUCAGUCGAGUCCUCAUCACCUUCGACCACUUCCGCGCACUUAUAGAACAAUGCAAAUAUAAUCUCAAGCACAUCGAGUUAUCUUUGGUACAACUGCAUUCCGGCACCUGGCACGCGGUCCUUACGCAGUUUCGCCAAUUACCGCAUCUUAUAGACUUUUCAAUCAACUCGUGCGGGUACCCAGCUACUGGUCCAAAUGCACAUCUGGCUGAUGUGCCUCCCGAGCCGGAUGCCCCCGAACCACUUGAGACGAUGAGUUCCGCAGACUAUGACGGACUUGGGGAGCUCAAGGAAUUUUUCAAUAUGAACCGAACCGCUUUGGGGCUUGAUUUGUUCGAUCGUACUGAUUUUCGCUGGUCUAGGUAG